AUGGCGGUGUUGCUGCUGCUGCUAGGCCCGCCUGAGUGCGGCGCUCGGAAGCUGCUGCUGCUGCUGCUGCUACCUCUGCUGCCACGGGCGGCCCUGAGCAGCCGAUGGGAUGAGCUGCGCGCACAGCCUUGCCUCAUAGGCUACGACGGCAGCUGCGGCUUGUUUCUUCUGCCGCCUUUGCGUGGAGGAGGCAGAGCAGUAGGAGGAGCGGGGAGGGACCAGCGCGGCGCCGCUGCCAAGGCGCUGCCAGCAAAGCCUGAGCGUGCACGGGCCGCUCUCUUUGCUGACACCGCUGCCGCCGGGAGAGAAGUUUCAUGUGACGAGAAAGAGGCGGAGGAAGAGAAGGCGGCGAAGGAGAAAGAGGCGGCGGCGGCGGCGGCGGCGGCGGGACCCGCAGCUCAGUGGGCGUCUCCUGGCGGGAGGGAGCCCGCUCUCUCGCCGCCGCCCCAUCCCGUGCCCGCCACCAUGGCAGCGCGGUCCCGGCGCCCCUGGCUUAGCGUGGUGCUGGGGCUGGUGCUGGGCUUCACCGUCGCCUCCUGGCUCAUUGCUCCCAAAGUGGCCGAGCUGAGUGAGAGGAAGAGGCGAGGCGGCGGCGCGGGCGGCGGCCCCUCGAGUGUCGGCGGCGGCGGCGGCGGCAGCAACAGCCUGUGCGCUGUCUACGGCCGCGUGGCUGGGCUGCCCGGGGGCGAGAGGCAGCCGCGACCUGAGGCGGCAGCGGCGGCGGCGGCGGCUGGAGGGCUGGGCGGCGCCAGCAUUCGAAGCAGCCUGUGGGAGAAAGCGAGGGAGCCGCCGCCGCCGCCGCCAGCUGCGGAGGACGAGCCCGUGCCGAGCCCCCCAGCUGCAGCUGCCGGAGAAGGAGACCCGCAGGAGGAAGAGGGCGAGGAGGGAGAGGAGGGCGCCGGCCGCCACGGCAGCAGCCACAACGGCAGCGGGGACUACGCGGGCGCCCCGGGCUGCGCCAAGACCCGCCACUUCCUCUACGUCGGGGUGAUGACUGCCCAGAAGUACCUGAGCAGCCGAGCGCUGGCGGCACAGCGGACCUGGGCGCGCUCCAUCUCCGGCCGGGUGGAGUUCUUCUCCUCGCAGGGCUCGGUCCCUCCAGCUGUCCUGCGAGGGGAGCAGCGGCUGCCGGUCGUUGCCUUGCCUGGAGUGGACGACUCGUACCCGCCGCAGAAGAAAUCCUUCAUGAUGCUCAAGUAUAUGCACGACCACUACCUGGACACCUACGAGUGGUUCAUGCGGGCGGACGACGAUGUGUACAUCAAAGGGGAAAAAUUGGAGGAGUUUCUUCGGUCACUGAACAGCAGUAAACCUCUCUAUUUGGGGCAGACAGGACUGGGAAAUAUUGAAGAACUUGGGAAACUGGGUCUUGAGCCAGGAGAGAACUUCUGUAUGGGAGGGCCUGGGAUGAUCUUUAGCCGUGAAGUUCUCAGGAGGAUGGUGCCGCACAUAGGAGAAUGUCUUCGAGAAAUGUACACUACUCAUGAGGAUGUGGAAGUGGGCCGAUGUGUUCGGCGGUUCGGUGGAACUCAGUGCGUCUGGUCAUAUGAGAUGCAGCAGUUGUUCCAUGAAAAUUAUGAACACAACCGGAAGGGUUACAUACAAGAUCUUCACAACAGCAAGAUUCACACAGCAAUUACACUUCAUCCAAAUAAAAGGCCAGCCUAUCAGUAUAGGCUUCACAAUUACAUAUUGACCCGUAAAAUUUCAGAAUUGCGUUAUCGCACCAUUCAGCUUCAUAGGGAAAGUGCCCUCAUGAGCAAGCUCAGUAAUGAAGAAAUGAGCAAAGAUGAUCAGCUUCUGGGAAUGUUGCCAUCUUUCAACCGCUUCCAGCCACAUGAUAGGACUGAGGUCAUUGAAUGGGACUUUCUGACUGGAAAGCUCCUUUACUCUAUGGCUGAGAAUCAACCACCUAGGCAGAGCAUUAAUAGCAUCCUGCGGGCAGCGCUAGAUGACACUAUAAUGCAGGUAAUGGAAAUGAUCAAUGAGAAUUCUAAAUCUAGGGGAAGGCUGAUUGACUUCAAUGAAAUACAGUAUGGCUACCGCAGGGUUGACCCUCUACAUGGUGUGGAAUACAUUCUAGAUCUGCUUCUUUUAUAUAAAAGACACAAAGGAAGAAAAGUCACCGUUCCAGUUCGACGCCAUGCCUACCUUCAACAAUUAUUUAGUAAACCGUUUUUCAAAGAGGAAGAAGAACUGGAUGUAAGAAGCCUUGUGGAAAAUGUGAACAGUGACACACAAUCUUUCUCCUUCCUUUCUAAUUCCUUGAAGAUUUUUUCAUCAUUCCAAGGUGCCAAAGAAAUGGGAGGAGGCAGUGACAAGAAGAUUCACAUUCUUGUCCCUCUCACAGGGAGGUACGAUAUUUUCCUGAGAUUUAUGGAGAACUUUGAAAAGACUUGCCUUAUCUCUAAGCAGAACGUAAAGCUGGCAGUCAUUCUUUUUAACUCAGAUUCUGAUCAAGAUUCCAGCAAACAUACAGAGCUGAUCAGUGAGUAUCGUAAUAAAUACCCUAUGGCAGACAUGGCUGUCAUUCCUAUGACAGGACCUUUCUCUAGAGGUUUGGGACUUGAAACGGCGUCCUCUCGUUUUGAUAAUGACACUUUGCUGCUAUUCUGCGACGUUGACCUGAUAUUUACCCCCGAUUUUCUCCAGCGGUGUAGAGCUAACACCAUUCAAGGACAGCAAGUUUAUUAUCCUAUUAUUUUCAGUCAGUAUGACCCCAAAGUAACAUAUGGGGGCAAUCCUCCAGUGGACAGUAACUUUGUUUUCACAAAGAAAACUGGGUUUUGGAGAGACUAUGGGUUUGGGAUCACUUGCAUUUACAAAAGUGAUCUUGUGAGUGCUGGCGGAUUUGAUACUUCAAUUCAAGGCUGGGGACUUGAGGAUGUAGACCUCUUUACUAAAGUAAUAACGUCUGGAUUGAAGGCAUUUAGAAGCCAAGAAGUGGGCGUUGUGCAUGUUUUUCAUCCAGUCCAUUGUGAUCCCAACCUAGAUCCUAGACAAUACAAGAUGUGCUUGGGGUCCAAAGCAAGUACAUUUGCCUCUGCCAUGCAGCUAGCUGAAAUAUGGCUAGAAAAACAUUUAGGUGUCAGGUAUAAUCGAACUCUCUCCUGACAUUCUAACUUACUCUGCCUUCCUAGGGGAGUUUACCUCAUUACUUCUUUCUUUUGUUGUUGCAUUCUUACUCCUUUUUGUCUUCCAAAGGAUGUGUCUUUGACCUCAAAUGAACAGUGUCUGCUGUCAGGAACAUGACAGAUUCCAACUGAACUGAUUAGGGUGGUGUCUUUCUAUUCUCUUUGAUCUAUAAACUGAGUGAAACCAUGGCAAUCAAACAAUCCCUCAGAGCACAUCCAUCAUGAGGACUGCAUCAGAAGAAUGUUCUCCCUGGGCUUUUGGAUGCAAUAUCAAUCUUGAUUGUGUCUGUCAAACUUAAUGUGAUACAAAUAUUUUCUGCUGAAAGUACCACAAAAGUGCUUUAUGCUUCCUCUGGGAAAGAGACUCGGACAAACUUGAGUUUUAUAAUUUAUAUGAGAACAAAAAUAAACAGUAUUAUCUUCAUCUUUAUGAUUUUUAAAGUAAACAAAUAACUGUAUCUAUUUUUUAAAAAAAGAUGGGGGAAAACACACACGAAUUGAGGGUUUUCUUUCCAAGUGCAAAUGGUACUGGCUACCAAGAACCUUAAAUGUAUUAGUAAAAAGACCUCCUCAUUACUAUCUGCUCUAAAUGUAAUAGGGCUGUGUUUUAUCAAGGAAACAUGUCUUCAUCAAAUAUUUGCAUAUCUUGAAAAGGUUUCUGAACCAAUAUCCUUCAUUUGCUGGCAAAAAGAAAUCAUGAUAUAAUGUGGUUAUUUAUAAUAAACCUAAAGACAUACCAUAUUUUUUCAAAGAUAAGAAUAUGUUGCUUUGUCUCUGUUUAGAAUGAGACUCUAAUAUAUAAAUAAUUUUCUAUUGUGUUCCUUUCAUAAGACUGCACUUGAUACAAAGGGAAAUAAAAGGGUACUUAAUAUUGUCUUUUUAUAAUUGUGCAUUAAUAUUGAUAUUCUGAACCAAUCCUUGUUAAUCUUAAAAGAAAAUGUAAUUAUUUAACUAUGAAAUGACUAUUGCUGGUCAAAGUUCUUGCCAAUAUAUUUAUAUUAGUGAAGAUUUGUAGGAAAUGGAAUGUGUUAAGACUU